AUGUGGAAGCACAACUUGCACGUGAGCCUGGUGGUCCUUGCUGGGAUUGUGUCACUCUCACUCUGUGAUGCGAGUGACCUCAACAGCGCCUCCAACACAGUCGAGACCCCGGCAUACCUUCCAUACGUGGACCAUACCCAACGCUUGCGAACGCAUUUGCCUAGGUCCAUCCCUUUUCCAGUCCCCAAAACUCCGCAGUCUCAAAGGCUGCUUCGCCUACUGGCAAGCUAUGCUGCAGCCUCGGCUCUGGUGUUUCUCAUCUUAUCCUGCUUCCUGACGUUCGAGUCUUUCAGGAAUACGAACUCCCACAACAGAGGGCGUUCCCUUGCGGAGAAAUAUGAUGAAAAAUCUUGCCACGAUGAUGCGGAUACUGGCGAGUUUGUAGUAGGAACUGUGGACCGGCGAGCUUUGCACGCAGUACACAGCCAGCUGGCGUAUUUAAAUGUACCAGAAACCGCACGCCAACACCUCAACAGAUCUGAACACCAGCUCGUUUCUACAGCAAAAUCUGUUUUGCUCGGCUACCAUAAACGGCUGACAACUCUUCUCAACGGCGUCGCCGAAGCAAAUACACCAGAGGCAAAUACGGCGCUGAUGGAGAUAGACCACAUACGGGCAGUGCUAGGAUCAAUAGCAUGGUCGCCAUCCCAGAAUAUACAAGCGCUGCUCCACAGGGCUACAGCCUACUCGGAGGGGAGGCAGGUGCCACAUGCCGUGUCGGCAGCCGUGGCCGCGGCCGUGCGCGUGAACGAUCCAAAUAAGAACAUGCCAAUAACCAUAACCGAAGAACAGCAGCAACUCGUGUGUGAGAUGGUGAAAGGCAUACAAACAGAGAUGAGCAGAGCUAUAGACGCUCUCCAGAACGAGCGAACUCCCCAUCCGUCAGUAUUGGAGACCGCAAGGACCCUGCUAGGUGAACAAGAACCCCUUCGCUUGCAGCUGAACACAGUGGGCAUGGCCGAGGUCUCAGCAGAGUUAGCACGCGUUUCUGAAUACCUCAGAGGCGCCCUCACCCACUGUAUGAACCGAAAGCCGCGAAGAACCGCCAGCAUGCCUAGUAGGUUUGCGACCCUGUCCCUAAGCCAACACCGAGAACAGGCUGCUCCGGCUGCAAAAGGCGCUCAGGCAUUAUUGCAGCCCACCAGUUCUUUCUCCUCCCUGCCUCCCAAAGGACCGAAGGGUGCGAAAGGCCCCUGCUCCAGGGGUCCUCACCAAAAGGCACAUGCUCUCAGCGAGGAGCCUCGGUCAUCUACUCUACUUCGGAGGCGUGGAUCUGAGAACAAGGGCAGCACAUUGCCCAGAUCCACACAAACUGAGGAGGAUUCACCUAGAGGAGCUGGUGUGGGCCCUGAGACGCAACCAAUUGACGUUGAGAAAACACGCAGGCUGACCUCUGCUGUGAAUCAGUGGACGGAUAAGUGUAGGGGCUCCUUGCAAAUGCUCCUUAGCGGAACCGCCAGAGAAGAGUCUCUAGAGAAGGUUGCACUGAAUGGACAUCAUCUGUACCGUGAGGUCACAUCUGCAACUGUGGACUCUUCUGUCGACGGUGCAACCAGCCGAGCAUUCUGGGAGUCGGUGGAUACGCUGAGCGUUGCGCUGAAUUCACUGCAUAGUGAACUUAUUCGAAGCUGGUUGGACAAGGUCGCUGAUUCGCGCCAUCGGUUGACAAAAGCUCGUUAUAACCUACAAGCUUCCGUAAACGAGCUUAGCGCCGAUAACCCUCCAAGAGCCGGUGGGAUGUGCAUUGGCGAUAUGUCAGUGGUUAGAGCUACUGUAGAUGCAACAAAGCGACUUUUGGGAGACCUUUCGCGCUUCCUCGGUGUAAGCAAUACCCAUCAGAGACUUUCCGACGCUAUUGAAGGUCUUCGAAGCACCGUGGCAAGGGCUGAGAAAGAGCUGCAAGAGGCCAUUGAUUCUGUUUGUCGGAUAUGGAGAAGGGCACUGGAGAAUGAAGUGGAGGGGAGGCCAGCAGUUAGUCCUCCACACACUUCAUCAGAUGCGUCAGCUACCCGGCACAGCACCUCCUCGAACGUUCCACUUCUUGCAUGCGCAAGGGGUACAGUGCAGGUCCUACAACAGCUUGGUGGUCAGUCAGUUGAGCUUGACUUACUUCUCCAGUUUUUCGAUAGACAGGGUAGGGGGAGCUCGAAGAAAAGAUCUGGGCUUUUUCGUGCCUUCAGUCUGCGCCGUGGCCGAUCGUCUAGUGGUUCACGUACUACCUCAAGCCUCCCGAAGGAGACAUGA